AACAUUAUCAGCCUCACACGCAUACACAGCGCAUGUAGGAUUCAAAAAUACAGAAGUUUUAACAAAAAGGUGUUGCAGUUGACUCAUUUGAUUGUCAAUUAGCAAGGCUAAAAAAAGUGAGCACGUGAAGGGUUAAAAUUGGCAUUCUUUUUUUGUUAGCCGCAGCGAAUAUCCACUACACAUUACACAAAAUCACGAGCAGAAAUGGUUUCUAAAUGUUCAGUGUUAUCGUGUAAUAUAAAUUCCGACAAAAAGGCACAUGAUGUGGUCUCGUUUUUUGAAUUUCCAUCCACACCAACAAGGAAACAAAAUUGGUUGGAUUCUAUUGGGAGGUCAUUUUUUAAACCGUUAAGAUCGUCUCGGGUUUGUUCCCAACAUUUUGAUGGCAAAUAUCUCGUUCGGACCGGAAACGAAGUGGUUUUGAAGAAAGACGCAGUUCCAUUUUCUUUGAAUUCAGCUCGAAAAUCAACGCACAGACUUACGCUCAAUUCGUCCAGAAGUUCCGAUGAAAACGUUUUAUUAAACAACAAUAAAAGGGGACAAGACACCAGUAUGACUCCAGGACCUUCAAUUGGAGUAAAACGGCCACGUCGCAAUCUGGCUAAUCUGGCUAACGUCGAAGAACAAUCCCCUGAAGAGCCUGACAAUACCAUUCGACGACAACGUCGUGCAGUUGUUAUUCUUAAAAGGAUAGCUGAAGCUAGCGACGCUCAACAAAAUAACUCUGCAUCGAAAAGACCGAAAACGGGAGUACCACUCAUCUCCAAGAACCAGCCAAGCGUCGAAAAACGUUCCACUAAAACUACGUUAAAUGCAUCCAAAGGAUCCGAUGGAAACGUUUUAUUGAGCAACAAUAAACAGGGACGCACUGCCAACAAGAGUGAAGAGCUAAUAAUUAGUGAAAUGAGACCACGACGAAAUACAGUUUUCAUGGGUCCGUAUAACUUUGGCAUAAGAAAUCGAGCUGCAACCUCCACCUCUCAGAAUCAAUCAAGCAUCGAACAGCGAUCUACUGAAAAAUCAUUUCAGCGUAAACGAAAGACAGCUGUUGCAGCUGUUUUGACUCCAAAUGAAUUUGGUAAAGAGAACCAAGUUGCAGCCUCCACCCCUGGGAAUCAACGACAACGCAAUUCAGUUACCACUCCGAAUAACGUUGACACUAUAUCCGUUGUACGUCGCGACACUCCACGGCCUUAUCGUCUAUCGACAGAAUCCAAGAAUCAAUUUUCCGUCGAAGAACGUUCGUCUAUACAGUCAAACCUUAUGAUCCAACAACAACCAGUGACUUCAAGCAACAAUGGGCGAACGCGUGUGCCGAAAGUAACGAAAAAAUCAGCACUGAUGCCAAUCAGCAUGAACCAGCUUAGUAUCGACAAAUUUUUCAGUAAAAAGGCCACGUCAAUAAGCCAACAAGAUGUCAUUGUCGAACCUGAAGCAUUGAAAAGAGAGGAUUGCGUUUUUGGUUGGACUUUAAUAGGACCACAUGCGGUGCCUUACAUAUUGCAUAAUUCGGAAAAAUUCUGUUCUCUAAGGAUUCUGGAAAAAUCUGCUUUGGCCAAGUACAAAAAGCGAACCACCAAAAUCGGAGAAUGCAGUGAAAAUGUGGAAUACUUCCCUCUGUCUUUGGUUCAAUGUGAAUUAUUGAAUGAGAUAAACUUCAAGCACUGCGACGGUGCAUACGGCAAGGAAAGGUUCUCGAUGAAAGAUAAAUUGGUUCGACUGAGCGAUGCCUGCAAGUAUUACACCUUCGUUGACCUUUGUCAUCAGCCUUUGAUGAAAGGUAUACGAGUACAAUCGGACGGUUUGGAAUUUGGUUUCACCUUAGUCAACAAAAAGUCAUUUAUUCCGUACGUACUUCUAAGGGAACGGAAAUACAUCCCAUUGCGUUACUUGCAUUGUGAUGAAAGAGUCUUCGAUUUGUUGAAAGGAAAAUCUCGGAUAUUGUCCGAUGACGACGCAUUGUAUUUGAAGUUUUGUUGCAAAUUUGAACGAAAUUCUAAGGUUUAUGAUGAUCUUGAUGACGACAUUGAAGUAAUAGAUUUUGCAGAGAUUCGACAAUUGGCUCCACCUAAGACAAAGUUCACGGAUUGUUGGCCAGCAGACAAAAUAAAUUAUACUUUGCAACUGGUUAUGACGGUGACAGGGAUACGUUUUGAAUCGGUCAGGAGGAAUGCGAUUAAGGAGUUGGAGGCGAAAAUAGAUGAUUAAAUCUUUUUAAAUAAUUAUUAUGAAUUUAGCAAUAAAAGUAUUGAUUAGUAACA